GGCGGACGCUCUAGGUUGGUCUUUCCGGGUCCUUCCACGCUUCGCUGGUAUUCCUGCUGAGCCCGAGCGUGAAUCCGAGGGAGAGGCAGAAAGGACCCUCUAAUCAAGCAGGUCUGCAGAACGGCUAAGGCGUGUCGGGCGCUUUCCGCGUGCCAGGCGCUGCGCGAACAGCUCUCCAAGCGUUAACUGACUUUUCCGCGCACCAGCCCCGUGAGGAGCAGAAAUGAGUGAAAGCAACUGGCAGAGUAGAAGACAUGAGAGAAGGAACCACCGGCAGUACCGUUGGUUCAGGCAACAUGGUUCUAAUAGGCAAGUGCUGUUGCCCAGUGCAACAAUGUUCUUCCAUUUUCCAGCACCCUCGCGUCCGUGUGACUCACUGGGGGUCUCAUCAAAAUGCAGGGUCUGAGGUGAGGUCCGAUGAGAGCCUGCAUUCCUAACAAGCUCCCAGGAGUGUUGCUGCUGCAGGUCAGCCUGCCUGCCACACUUUGGGUAAUGAGAUGAUGGCCACACUCUUGUUCGUUUUCAGAGUGACCAUGACUUCUGGCCGGAGCGUUAGCCGUAGGCUCAGAACUAGACAUCAUCUAAUGUAACUGGAGAGCUGUUUGUCCACUUUGUAGACUUUUUUUUCCUCUCUCUCUUUUUUGUCUUUUCUUCCAGCCAAUGAAAAUAGGUUUCUGGCAACCUAAUUUCAUUAAUUCAGCCCAAGUCCUCACAAAGGCUCUCUAUAUAAUACAGUAUUUACGAAACACAAAAAGGGUAUAAGAGAACAGUAACACGAACACCAUGUCACCACCGCCUCACUUAAAGGUAAAACGUAGUCUAGACUUAGUUGAAGUCCCCAGUGUAAGCACUUUCCACGCUCUAGUAGUUUUUCUGCGUGAAGGAUAUGCAGUCCCGUCUCACAACAAGACCCCACUGCACCACCCGCCGGGAGACGGCACCUCUCCAUGGUUCAGGGCGCCGGCACGGCCUCUGGCCAGAAGUCUUCACGCAGCUCCUCCUCAGCAAAGGAGACCCAUAGGCCAAUUGCCACACUCCAGGCCUCCUCGUGAAAUGGACAGAAUGCGGGGCCGGCCCCAUGGCCAAGUGGUUGGGUUCGCGUGCUCUGCUUCGGUGGCCCAGGGUUUCACUGGUUCGGAUCCUGGGCAUGGACAUGGCGCCACUCGUCAGGCCAUGCUGAGGCGGCAUCCCACAUGCCACAACCAGAGGUGUAACACGGGGCCACAGCAACGCCUGCAGGAUUCCGGCCACGGCGAUGAUGAGGCCCCGUCGACUUCAUCCAGCACAGCUGGCAGUUCUUCCGUGCCAGACCUACCAGGGUAUUACUUUGACCCGGAAAAGAAUCGCUACUUCCGCUUGCUCCCUGGACAUAACAACUGCAACCCGCUCACAAAGGAGGGCCUCCGGCACAAGGAGAUGGAGAGCAAAAGGCUGCAGCUGCUGGAGGAGGAAGACAAGCAGAGAAAGAAAAUAGCCAGGAUGGGAUGUAAUGCAUCUUCCUUGCUACAGAAAAACAAGCUGGGUUUUCUCAAUGUCACCAGUUAUUGCCGUUUAGCCCAUGAGCUGCGACUGAGCUGCAUGCAGAGGCAAAAAGUCCAAAUUCAGAGCUCGGAUCCCUCCGCUUUGGCAAGUGACCGAUUUAACCUCAUACUGGCGGAUACCAACAGUGACCGGCUCUUCACAGUGAAUGAUGUCAAAGUCGGUGGGUCCAAGUACGGCAUCAUCAGCCUGCGCGGUCUGAGACCCCCCACGUUCAGGGUGCAUAUGCAUGAAAACCUCUACUUCACCAACCGGAAGGUGAACUCCGUGUGCUGGGCCUCACUGAAUCACCUGGAUUCCCAUGUUCUCCUGUGCCUCAUGGGGAUCGCAGAGACUCCAGGCUGUGCCACCCUGCUCCCAGCCUCGCUGUUUGUCAGUAGUCACCCAGCAGGAGACCGGCCUGGCAUGCUGUGCAGUUUCCGCAUCCCUGGGGCCUGGUCCUGCGCGUGGUCCCUGAACAUCCAGGCAAAUAACUGCUUCAGUACAGGCUUAUCUCGGCGGGUCCUGGUGACCAACGUGGUGACAGGACACCGGCAGUCAUUUGGGACCAGCAGUGAUGUCUUGGCCCAGCAGUUUGCUGUCCUGGCUCCUCUGCUGUUUAAUGGCUGUCGUUCUGGGGAGGUCUUUGCCAUUGAUCUGCGUUGUCGAAAUCAGGGCAAGGACUGGAAGGCCACCCGCCUCUUCCACGACUCAGCAGUGACUUCUGUGCAAAUCCUCCAAGAAGAGCAAUCCCUGAUGGCGUCCGACAUGGCUGGAACGAUCAAGCUGUGGGACCUGAGGACCACUAAGUGUCUGAGGCAGUACGAAGGUCACGUGAAUGAGUAUGCCCACCUGCCCCUGCACGUGCAUGAGGAAGAAGGAAUCGUGGUGGCAGUGGGCCAGGACUGCUACACCAGAAUCUGGAGCCUCCACGAUGGCCACCUGCUCAGAACCAUCCCCUCCCCACACCCCACCUCCAAGGCCGACAUCCCCAGUGUGGCCUUCUCUGCUCGGCUCGGGGGCUUCCGGGGAGCGCCAGGACUACUCAUGGCUGUCCAGCAAGACCUUUACUGUUUCUCCUACUAAAAUUCUACAGAGGGCAGCCUGGAGGGAUGUGGAUUUGACUUAGGGACUAAAGAGUAGCCGUACUUCUGCCACGACUGCUGCUUCCGGUGAGAGCAUUGUAAAUGGGCGCUCUGCCUACACAGGUCCCAUCCGCCUGGCUGCUGGGGAGAAGGUGCUACGUUUUAUGUGGGACAUUUCAGCAAAGUUAUUUCAGUUAAGUUGUGGGCUCAGAGAGUUUGAAAGUCCUUUUCAUAAAAGGUACCUGUUUUCUUGUUGAAUUCCUUAGAAUAGUUCCUCCACCCCUCCGUUUUUUUUUUAAACAAGAAAUACUUCUCUAAGGGCUGAAAUUGGCAAAAAUGAAAAUAAUUAAAGCUGCUUCUUUCACCAGAAGUCCUUUUGAGAAGCCUAAUGAUGAGACUGGGUGAGACUGUUAGGUUAGUCGGUGCCUGAGUCCCAGAAGAACAUGCAUCUGUACUUGAGAAGCCAGCUGGAAAGGGGGGUGUCAUUGCUCUGCGUCUCUAGAGGAUUUCAGGCAGGAGUUUGGAAUCAUUGAACUAGCCUUCUCUAACUCAUCAUCAGUAGCAGAUCUCUGGGAUUCUCCUUUCAUCAUUUGUAGGCACUGGAAGGAAAGAUGGACCUUUUUAAACGCUAGCGGUUUUAAACAGGCCUUAGCAUGCUGUGGUUGAGCCACCUUCCAGAACAUUAGGUACAGCAGCUCCUGUUUCUAUCCUGGUGACUUGACUGUCAGAUUCAAGGGCCCUUUCUCAAAGAAAAUUGGCUUCGACCUUCUGCAAUCUAGGAGAAGCAGUUUGUCAGAUGUUUAUACAAAGUGUUAAAGAGCCUGUCUUUCUACCAAACAAUAAAUGGAGAAGAACCA